CCAGCUUGUGUGUGUUUGUGUCCGUGUGUGUUUGAGAGAGAGCGACAGAGUCUUCUCAGGCCUUUACCAUGAAGCACUGCAUGCUGUUGUCGGUGCUGUUGGCGUUGGGGUGUGUGCGCAUCCACGCAGCACCAGUGGAGCAGGGUGGCCUGGAGCAGGGGUCAUGUAAAGACGCAUCAGCACUGGGUGCUGCAGGACUGGCUCUCACCAAGAUCAACCAGGACCGGCAGGAGGGCUACAUCUUCAAACUGCAUGGCCUGUCCAACGUGCACAUGACCCGACAUGGAGAGACUGGCGUAGUUUUCUACCUGACUCUGGAUGUUGUGGAGACCAACUGCAGUGUCCUUAGCAAGAAGGACUGGAAGACCUGUGAAGCUCGUCCCUUCCACGACACACCGGUAUAUGGACAGUGCAAAGCUGCCAUCUACAUCAGUAAGGUGCACAGAGUGGUGCGUCUCUACAAAUACAACUGUGUUAUCAGACCAGCUCCUGCAGCUAAGAUCGCUGAGAUUUGUCCUGACUGUUCAACUUUUAUCAACAUGGACAACGCUGAGGUUCAAAAGACUGUGUCUCUCUCACUGGAGAAGUUUAACAAGGAUAGCGGGCUGGCCAAUCAUUUCACUCUGCUCAAUAUCACCCGCGCUGCCGCUGGGAUGGCCAUGUCGAUGUAUUACAAUGUAGAGUACACAAUCCAGGAGACCACCUGCGCAAAGAGCACAGAGGCAGUGACGGCUGAUAAGUGCCCCAUCAUGGAGUGCGAGUUCGCUCACAAGGGCCUCUGUAAGGCAUCCCUUUUCUACACCCCCACUGGUGAUGCCGAGACCAGUGUAGAGUGUGAGAUCUUUGAGCCUGAGGCUGCUGAGAGGGAGAAGAAACUGCACCUGCUGGGCGGAGAGACUGACCACAGUCACAACGACACACACACACACACCCACGACCAUGACCACGCACAUGCUGCCGACCAGACACACACACACGACCAUGCGCAUGACCACACCAAAGGCCACGCUCAUCAUGACAAAACCCACAAGCACGAUGACAACAGCGACCACCACCACACUCACGACCAUGAUGUGGGUAGCGCCCACAGGCAUGCUCACGAUCACUCUCACGACCACGGGCACGGCCAUGAUCACGUGCACGCUCAUCAUGCCAAAGCACACAACCACAGCGGCGACUCACCCAACCACCACCAUGACUACAAGCAUGCCGAUGGCGUGCACACCCACGAGCACGACCAUGAGCUCGCUCUGGACCACGACCACAAGCAUGCUCACCUGCACGAGCAUGAGCACCACCACCAUCACCACGACCAUGACCAUGAGACCACAACCCAUGACCACCCAGAGGGCAUGGUGAGGAUGCUGCCCGCCAUGGACAGGCCCAUGACCCUGCCUUCCUUCCCUGAUGUCCCCGCCGGUGGCCCUGAGGUUGGAGUCGUUCUGCCCCUCAAGCCCGACCCCCAGAUCCCCGGAGAGACCGAACCCAGCAUCCAGGCCUUCCCUACCUCAGUCUCAGACGAAUGCAAACUGCCUGUGGUAGAAGAAGGUCUUGUGGCGAAACUCUUCACGGAGGACCCCCUGUUCAAGCCAGCUGCAUAAGGUGGCCCAUGGAACUCUGUUAGAAACUGGAUAGAUUUUUUAAAAAACUCACACAAAGACCAUAGUGUACUAACAACGGGAACACGCUACUUAACAUGAUACAUUUUCAUUUAACACAUUGAUAGGCAAAACACAGCUUGACUUCUUCCCCGGGUUCAUUAUAAGAAUGUAACUUCAAUCACCUAAUAAAGUCUGAGCGCAUUAAAUAGAAAAAAAAAAACACUACACUAAUAGUACUACAUUAAUAAUAUCCACCUGUUUUACCCUACAUGCCCAUAUUCACAUGGAGGAACCGUCUUCAACAGCGCAGAUCUUCACAUUGUCACUGUCACUGUACAAUGAAUAUUUUCUGUUUGUGAUUUAUCUGCUGCACAAAAUAAUAAACAACACCAUAAAUACUC